AUGGAAACUAUGACGACAAACUCAAGUAAUGGAAUGAACAAUGAAGAACAUUCACCAAUGAUGACAUCGUCGUCGUCGUCGAACUGUUUAGUCACCUCAGUGAACGCAUAUUCCAAUAAGAUUUGCACACCUGAGUAUGAAAAAACAAGUGAACAUUUCGUGGCAACAUUUUCGACAUGGGAUGAUCGAGAACAGUUGAUCUUUGUGGAAAGUCUUCUCAAGCGAAUGCACAGUCAUCAACAUGGACAAAUUAAUACGUUUUUAUUACCGAUGUUGCAACGAGAUUUUAUUGGACAAUUGUCAUCGCGUGGUCUAGAACAUAUCGCGGAGAAAAUUCUCGGUUAUUUGGAUCAUAAAUCUCUUGUAUCAUCCGAACUCGUCUGUCAAGAUUGGUUUCAUGCUGUCUCAGCAGGAAUGCUCUGGAAAAAGUUAAUUGAAAGGAAAGUUUUGUCAGAUACUCUAUGGAAUGGUUUAGCAAAACAUCGUGGUUGGAUGAAAUAUCUUUUUCGCCAAAUACUAGCUGCAUCUCAAACAUUGAAAUCUCAUGAAUUCUAUCGUCAGUUAUAUCCGAAAAUCCUUCAUGAUAUUCAACAAAUCGAAACAAAUUGGCGAACAGGAAAUUUUCAAUUGGAAAAGAUUCAAUGCCGAUCACAAAAUAGUAAAGGUGUUUAUUGUUUACAAUACGACGACGAAAAGAUCAUCAGUGGCUUACGUGAUAAUACCAUUAAAAUUUGGGAUAGAAAAACACGUGAAUGCACUAAAGUUCUAACCGGACAUAAUGGAAGUGUUUUAUGUUUACAAUAUGAUGAAAAAGUGAUCGUCACUGGUUCAUCCGAUUCGACUAUACGUGUAUGGAAUGUGAAAACAGGAGAAUUGAUAAAUACAUUGUUGCAUCACUGCGAGGCUGUUUUACACCUUCGAUUUUCCGAUGGAAUUAUGGUUACAUGUUCAAAAGAUCGUUCGAUAGCCGUUUGGCAAAUGAAUUCACCUACGGAUAUUACUAUUCGACGCGUACUUGUUGGACAUCGUGCAGCUGUUAAUGUCGUCGAUUUCGAUGAGAAGUAUAUUGUUAGUGCGAGCGGUGAUCGAACAAUUAAAGUUUGGGAUACGACAACAUGUGAAUUUGUUCGUACAUUACUUGGACAUAAGCGUGGCAUUGCUUGUUUGCAAUAUCGUGAUAAAAUUGUUGUUAGUGGAUCAUCAGAUAAUACGAUUCGUAUAUGGGACAUUGAAUGUGGUGUAUGUCUACGUAUACUCGAAGGACAUGAUGAACUUGUUCGUUGUAUUCGUUUUGAUUCGAAACGAAUUGUUUCAGGAGCGUAUGAUGGUAAAAUCAAAGUUUGGGAUCUGAUUGCUGCUCUUGAUCCUCGUUCGCAAUCCUCCUUAUGUAUUCGUACAUUAACUGAACAUACCGGACGAGUAUUUCGUCUUCAAUUCGACGAAUUUCAGAUCAUAUCAAGUUCGCACGACGACACGAUACUUUGUUUUAAUUUUCUCAACGAUUCAACUCUCACAGAUAAUUCAAACGAAAUAUCCACGUCGUAA